AUGGAGGGUGGGAAUCAUUGGAGCAUGGUAAAAUGCUCCGGGGGUGUAUACGAUAAGACGAUAAUCAAUCGGAUAAUGCUCAAAUUCAGGCCGAUUGCUCCAAAACCGGUGAACGGAGAUUCGGAUUCCAGUGAGUCUAUCCUUAAUAGCAAGAACUUGGAUGUUACUAGCAAGAGAAAGAAGAGAAAGUACGUUAGGGUUUGCGAGAAAAAUAAUACUAGGAAGAAACGAAUCUUGGAUAGAGCUAGAGAAGAUAACGAUGGAAACAAGGGUUUCGUUACUCUACAGUUGAUGCCGGAGAAAGCUGAUCUAAAUAAACCAAUCGUUGUUGAAAGAUCAUUGGAUGUUGUUGAUGAUGAUGAUCUGGACCGAGCUUUAGGUCGUGAUAAUUAUCGUUUUCAAGAUCCACCAUCGCUGUGCUUGAAGUUGAAAACAAUGGUCGCGUCAGAUCACAUGGCGGUGAUGGGGUUACACAACCCGGGGAGGAUGACGGUGGUGGAGUCGUGGGUGAUGGUGGAGAGCGUGACGGAAACUUGCAUUGAAGAGGAGGAGAUGGAGAAGUGUACGGACCAGGAGAAAAUGAAGAAUCUCGAGAAGGACACGUGUCCCGGGUUUGUAUCAGACGGGCUGAACCGGGUUUUCUGGGUGAACCAAGCGUAUAGAAAUAUGGUUGGCUUGGACCAGGACGGGGAGCAAGAACGGGCCGCAACCGCCGUGGGGUUGGUGUUGAAAGACGGGCUCACCUUUCCCUGCGGUGCAUUUUCGUGCCGCGUAUGGUUGCGUUACGUGGAUGGGAAGGGUAAGAAUUACUCGAAAACGGUUCCCUGCGACGUUUGGAAGCUGAGCUCCGGCGGACUUGCAUGGCGGCUGGACGUCAACGCUGCUCUCAGCUUGGGACUCUAG